AUGCGGGCAGGGGUGGGGUGGGAAGCCGCUGGCCCGGGUGGGUUUGGGCGGUGAGGUCGGUCCGGCUGUACUCACACUGCUGCUCUCAUUUUACCUCACGAUUAACCCUUUAGCUGCACAUAGAGAAGGAAAUUCAGACUCAUUUUUAAAAAAUGCCUAAUUGCAUAGUACGCGGGUGUCCACACAAAACUGCACAAAAAGACAAAUAUCCAGAUGUCAGUUUACAUUAUUUUCCAAACGACCUCAAUGCAAUAACGAAUUGGCUGAGACAAACUGCGCAGUAUGGUGAGAAUUUGGAAUCCGUAGCUAACGAAAUUCAUCAAUCGGCAAAAACAGGAAGACACAGAAUUUGUUCUGUCCAUUUCACAGAAGAUUCGUUUGUCGCCAAACGUUCAAAAAUAAUGCUAAAAGCGAAUGCUGUUCCCACAAUUUUUGAUAUUCAGGCCACUCCAGUUUCGGUAACCGCAAUGGAAUCUAAAUCCUUCCAAAGUCACAAGAGAAGAAGAGUAGAGGAUCAUAUUCCUUCCACCUCUCACACGAUUGUGCGUAUUGUCAAACAUUUUAUGACUGUUGCAACCCAAACUGAAGAAAAGAUCUACGUUGAUGCAAGUACCACAUCCAUGGAUAUGCAGCUUGGUAUUCAUAAAGCCAGUGGUUCUGAUAAUCCACAGCUCGCUAUAGGAGUACAGACAGGAGACGAUUCAGUGCCAGCCGAACCUUGGCGAAUCCAAAAAGAUCAUGGCUAUCCCGUCGCGUUUUCCACGUCCAUAAAAUGUAUGUUGGAUAUAGAUAAACCUAAUCCAACUGUACCGGGUAAGACCAUACAAACAGUGCAAGAAUCUAAUUUGGAGGGAGAAUAUGAAUUGUUUGAACUUACUGACAGUCAGCUAAGCAGUAUCCAGGCAGUGGAGCCCAGUAUAAAAGAAGAAAAGGACACGUCUAUUUAUGAACCAGAGGAAAGCGUUGGUUUUACAGAAGCUGAUUCAACGUUUACUGAAAAAAAAGAUGAAAUUCUUCAGCGCAGUUUUAUAGUAUUUGAAGAACUACUGGACCAACUAUUUUAUCUAGUAAAAUGUCAACAUAGUGCUAACUCGCCAUGCCACGCACCAAUAGUUGGAAUUGAAAAAAAAUUAAAUGGAACUAUGGUAGAAGUCAAGUUAACAUGUCUUUCCGGACAUUGCUCUUUGAUAUGGAACUCUCAGCCAAUAGCAGGACAGGUAUCUAUUGGAAAUGUAUCAGUAGCCUGUGCCAUUUUACUGAGUGGAUCACCCUUUACAAAAGUGAAGGAAAUGUUUCAGCUAUUGUCUAUCCCAUUCUUUUCUCAUGCUGCAUAUUGCACCUAUCAGAAACAAUAUAUAUUCCCCGCAAUUGAUUUGGCAUGGAUCAAGGAACAAGAAUUAUUGAAACAGGAUCUUGCGGAUAAAGCCGUUGUUUUGGCUGGCGACGGCCAAUUGGAUAGUCCCGGCCAUAGUGCAAAAUACUGUACCUAUACCAUGAUGGACAUUACGACCAAAAAAAUUGUGGAUUUCACUAUAGAGCAAGUUUGUCCUGGAAAAACUUCAGGGCAAACGGAAACAAUUGCUUUUGCAAAAUGUCUAUUCCGCUUGGAAAAAAAAGGAGUAGACAUUAAAGUGUUGGCAACUGAUAGACACAGUAGUAUUAGAAAAUUCAUGCAAACUAAAUCUGACACCAUCAACCACCAAUUGGAUGUAUGGCACAUUUGUAAAGGUCUGGUAAAGAAGCUUAGGGCCGCAAGUAAACGAAGAAAAUGCAAAGAUAUAGCCCACUGGAUAGGGCCAAUCACCAAGCACUUGUGGUGGUGUUCCCAAACAUGCGACCGGAACGUAGAAAAUCUUCUAGAUAAAUGGCGAUCGCUGCUCUAUCAUAUCGCCAACAAACACACGUUUCCAAAUCUCAAAACAUAUAAAAAAUGCCAACACAGAAAAAUGACAGCUGGGGAAAUAAGAGAAAAAAAAUGGAUAACUCCAUCUCAUCCGGCUUAUUGCACUUUAGUGGCGAUUCUAACCGACAAACUACUGAUUAGAGACAUUUGCCAAACUGAGAAAUUCUGCCAUACGGGGGAUCUGGAGAACUUCCGCAGUAAAGUGCUGAAAUACUGGCCGGAGAGAAUUGAUUUUACAUUAGAUUCCAUGUACGCGAGGACAAUGCUGGCGGCGCUGUCACAUAACAAAAACGUGAAUCGGCCGCAGGCUAGCGCUCGUUGUAGCAAAAUAUCGGAACUCCCUGUUGGAGAGAAAACAUUUCAAAUAGUCUUUCCUAAACAUAACAAAGAAUGGGUAGCCAAACCUAUUAUUGAAGAAGUGGGUGAUUGGCGUCUGUUUGACAUUAUUUCUGAUGCAGGCAAAAUAUUGAAAGGGGAGAUUGUUCCCCGUUGGGAAUCUCAUAGCAAGGGAUUAGCGGGAAAUAUUGCAUCCAAAAACAGCCCUGAGAAACCUGUUGUUGUAGCACAAUACUCACUCAAUAAUGUGACAGUUGUUUGGGGUAAUACAUAGCAAGGUGAUAUGGAGCCAAACAAAUGUUAGAAUGUAAAACUUGUGAUUAUACAGGUAUGGGAUCCCUUAUCCGGAAAGCUCCCAAUUACGGAAAGCCUGUCUCCCAUAGACUCCAUUUUA